CUUCUCCCUCGCCCACCCUCUCUCUCUCUCACUCCCCCAGUCUCCCUCUCUGUGUCUCUCGCCCUUCGCCUGCAAUCGGUGUAAGAGAGCCAUGGCGUCCAAGCUUCUCCGGCGGGUCCUCAUUGUCUCUGACCGGUCUCCUCGUCCAUCUUCGAGAAGCUUACCUGGCUUCACUUCGUCUCGCCUCUUCUCCAGCUCCAAUUCGCAGCCGCUUCCUGCAACUGCCUCCUCCCCACCUCCUCCACCGACCACGGUCGAUCCUCCGUCCUCGAGCAGCGCAAGCAAAUUUGGCAGCAAAAUCAGAAAUGAUUCAGUUCGUUCUUCUAUCAAGGAUCCCGAGCUCGCCAAGUUCUCCGCCAUUGCUGAUACCUGGUGGGAUUCUGAAGGCCCCUUCAAACCCCUGCAUUUGAUGAAUCCUACAAGACUUGCUUUCAUCCGCUCUACUCUUUGCAGACAUUUCAGGAAGGAUACAAACUCUGCUAGGCCAUUGGAAGGAUUAAAAAUCAUAGAUGUCGGCUGUGGAGGCGGAAUUCUUUCGGAGCCUUUGGCUCGGAUGGGAGCUGUUGUCACGGGAAUUGAUGCCGUAGAUAAAAAUAUCAAGAUUGCACGUGUCCAUGCUGAUUUGGAUCCAGGGACCUCCAAUAUUGAAUACUCUUGCACGACAGCUGAGAAGCUUGUCGAAGAGCAGCGGAAGUUUGAUGCUGUAAUUGCUUUAGAGGUAAUCGAGCAUGUAGCAAAUCCUGCUGAAUUCUGCAAGUCGCUUUCGGCUUUGACCACUCCUGGUGGAGCUACAGUAAUUUCAACGAUCAAUCGGUCUAUGAGAGCAUAUGCAACUGCUAUCGUUGCAGCAGAGUACAUCCUCCACUGGCUUCCUAAAGGUACGCAUCAGUGGUCAAGCUUCCUUACUCCCGAGGAGUUAGCACUGAUCCUCAAACGAGCUUCUGUGUCGGUCAAAGAAAUGGCUGGAUUCGUGUACAACCCCUUGACGGGACGGUGGUCUCUCUCAGACGAUAUCAGUGUGAACUUCAUUGCUUUCGGGACGAAGGACGGGCAAUAAGUGUCGGGUCAGGAGGGCAGUGUAACCCUGCUCAAUCGAAAGUGCACAUAACAACUGUUUUUCACCUUUUCUCGUUCUUGUUGAAAUCAAAAUUGUACUAUGAGAGAGAGAGAGAGGUACGAAGACUAACGCCGUUUUAACGGCAGCGGGCGUUAGAUGGGUAUAAUCUCCCGCCAAGCUGGGGCAACUUCCGGUAGACGCAAGCGUGGGAUUUACUUGGCAUGCGGAAUGGAGUCGCCACGUCAGCAUCUGAUCCUAUUGCUCUGUUUUAGUUCUUCGAGACGAUUGUCUUUCUUACACGGCUCUUCCGGCGGACCACUCGCGCCUCUCGCGGGUUGUGCAAACGCGCCAUCGCCAUUGGUGGGGAGGAGCUGACUGGCUACGGUUGUCGUGGGGGAAGCCGGCGGAAUAUGUCUGGAGUCGAUGGCCCACCGCUUCCUUAAUGACGUCGAGGGAAUUACCCAUAUACCCCUAAUCAUGGUCAAGAUCCUAAGCUAUUAUUACUUCUUCUUUUUUUUUUUCAAAAUUUUCAGGAUCAGCAGCAAUAAUGAUUGAUGCCGUCCUCGGUUGAUAUUAAUAAAUCUUAUCCGCGGUAUGAAAGAAAUGCGACUGUCAAUUGUUGGUAUGCAUUUCUCUAUUUUCCUCA